GGAAAUUAAUAACAUAAACGUCAGUAUCACAAGGAGUGGCUAAACUAGUUUGUAGAACGGCGAACUGUGGAACACAUUAGGCGCACUCGCUGGAUCUGGUUAGUUGCUUGCUUAGAACUGCAGGCAUUUGGCCAGCCAGCUAAACAAUGGCCUCUUCCACUGGCGAGCGUUUGUUGCUGAUAUGUUUACUAGGAGUUUGUGUUACUUUGGUUAUUGGUCAAAGUCCAGAAGAAAAAUUAAAACCAGGUAAAUGUCCCGAUAAUGCUGGAAGAGACAAGACAGAGUGUCCUCCUCCAGAAAACUCCGGAGCGACUUGUUUAUUUGAUAUCGAUUGUGCAGGAACAAAAAAAUGUUGUUCAGAUGGGUGUAACCUGAUCUGUACCGACGCGAUUUUACCACCCACACCGAAUAUUGUUACUGGUCCUCCAGGAGACCCAGGAGAUAAAGGAGAACCAGGACCCAAUGGAAACAAAGGCGAAAGCGGAAGUGACGGGAGCGAGGGAGCGAAGGGAGAAAAAGGGCCAAAUGGAAAACAAGGUCGGAAAGGUAGACGUGGAAGACCAGGACCACCAGGACCUCCAGCCCCCACUGAAGGUGGUGGUGAGACACCUGUAGGACCGAUUGGAGAUGAAAAAGGUCCUGGACCACACGCUGGCGGAGAUACUGCUGGAAGUAGCACUGAUGAAGGUGGUGUCCGGCCAGAAGAAGGUCCACCAGGUCCACCGGGUCCAAAAGGCAGAGAAGGACCUAGAGGACCCUAUGGAGAACGGGGAGAGCCUGGACAAUCUGGGACAAAAGGAAAAACAGGGCAAAAAGGUGAUGUAGGACCGCCUGGAUCAGCUGGAGAACCCGGAAGAGAUGGCCUAAAUGGAGAGAGAGGUGACCCAGGACCAAUUGGAGAAGUCGGACAAAGAGGACCUCACGGAAACCCAGGUGCACCAGGUAAUAAUGGCGCCCCAGGAUACAAAGGAGUAAAGGGUGAUCGCGGUGAAACGGGUAUAAAAGGAGCUCCUGGUGAACUGGGAGACAAAGGAGAGGCUGGAGAAAAUGGAUUGAGUGGAGAAGUUGGACCAAGAGGUCCCAGGGGCUUGCAAGGACCAGUUGGUCCAACAGGACCAACUGGCGUUUCUGGACCAAAAGGACCAAUAGGGUCAAGCGGACCACCAGGACCACCGGGUCUUGCUGGGCUACCUGGAACAUCAGGAGAUAAGGGUCAAGAUGGUGCAAAGGGAGAAACAGGAGCUGUGGGCCCAAGGGGUGAGCGUGGGGAGCAAGGUGAGAGAGGCGUUACAGGCCAACCAGGAAUUAAGGGGGAAACCGGUCAAUUAGGUCGACGUGGUAAGGAUGGCAAAAAUGGUCCAAAAGGAAGCAUGGGACCUGCUGGACCACAAGGUUCAAGAGGAUCCCCCGGACAAAGGGGUCUUCAAGGUCUUCGUGGACCUGAUGGAAGCAUUGGUCCUAUUGGAGGUCGUGGUGAACCUGGAGAUCAAGGAAAUGUAGGGCCCGCUGGACAAAAAGGUCAAGCAGGUGAUCCAGGACCACCUGGUAAGCCCGGUACAGCUGGUGGACCAGGAAGAAGAGGAAAAUCAGGGAGAGAUGGUCCACCAGGACCUUCAGGCCCAGUUGGAGAUCGAGGUGCACCUGGAAUCCCAGGGAGCCCUGGUACACCAGGAAACACUGGAGCUAAAGGACAGCAAGGUGAUCGUGGAGCGAUUGGCAAAGCCGGUGAAAAAGGAACUGCAGGCGGACCAGGUGAGCCAGGUGAAGUUGGCAGUCAAGGAGAUCAGGGACCUGCUGGACCCGCUGGUAAAACUGGAAGACCUGGAAAGCAAGGUGUAAGGGGUACUCCUGGUAAAGAUGGUCGACCUGGAACGUCUGGCCAACAAGGUGCUCGUGGUAAGGAUGGAGCGCUUGGUUUAAAAGGACCAAAAGGAUCUAAAGGUCCGUCAGGAGGGAAUGGAGAACCUGGAGUUCCAGGAAAGAAAGGCAAUAUUGGUGACGUGGGUCAAAAAGGAGCACAAGGUCAACAGGGUGCCUCUGGUUCUGAUGGCGCUUCGGGAGAAAGAGGGCCUCCAGGACCCCCAGGUGAUGAUGGUAAAGUUGGACCAGCUGGUCCCGUAGGAGACGCUGGCUCACCUGGUCGCGAUGGAGAGCCUGGCUUAAACGGUCAACGUGGUGAGGAUGGCAAACCAGGAGACCAAGGGUUGAGAGGGACUCCUGGAGCAAAUGGUCAAACAGGAUUACGAGGAUCACAAGGUCUGGCAGGUGAACGUGGAGAACGAGGGCCAGAUGGUAUUCCUGGUACAAAAGGGCCUACUGGCCCUAGUGGACAAAGAGGUUCAACAGGACCUACCGGAGCAACUGGAAAUGCAGGUGCCAAGGGUCCAGAUGGAUCAAAAGGAACUCAAGGGACGCGUGGACCCAAGGGACAACCUGGAGACAAUGGAAAAGACGGACCGAGAGGACCAGAUGGUUUACCUGGUUUAUCAGGUCCACCUGGUGAGACAGGACCAAAAGGGGAAGGAGGACGUCCAGGUGCUAAUGGUUUACCAGGAAAAAGAGGAAAAACUGGUCCUCAGGGAAACCGUGGUCCAAAUGGCUCUCCAGGAGAAACUGGUCCAAUUGGACAACGGGGCGGAGAUGGUGCUAAAGGUGAACGUGGAUCAAGAGGAGAUAAGGGAGAAGCUGGUCCUGAUGGACCUCCUGGUGAACAAGGCAUUGGUGGACUAAUUGGAGAAAUAGGAGAAGAAGGACCAACAGGCAGUCCCGGUCGCACUGGCGAUGCAGGUAGACAAGGCCCACCUGGUAUUACGGGUUUGCCUGGAAAACGUGGGCCACGGGGAAAUAGAGGCAGAGCGGGACCACCAGGCCCCGCUGGACGUGACGGACCAAAAGGAUCUGCUGGGGAGGUAGGAGGUAGCGGCAGGCCCGGCGAUAAUGGUGCACCAGGGGCGCCAGGAAAGGAUGGUAGAAAUGGCGAUCCUGGUGAAGAUGGUGUACCUGGUGUUCAAGGUGCAAUGGGACCACAAGGAAGACAAGGUACUCGUGGAGUACCUGGUCGAGUUGGUAUGCCUGGGUUUCCGGGUGCACAAGGUAAAGUCGGACUAAGGGGUGAGCCAGGGUUGGCUGGUUCAUCUGGUAAAGCAGGACGUAAAGGACCAGCAGGUCCACAAGGAGUAGCAGGAAUGAUUGGUGUCCCAGGAAAACCGGGAGAAGAUGGAUUACCAGGAAAUGAUGGAAAACCUGGAGCGCAGGGUCCAAAAGGACCCAAGGGAACAAAAGGUGUAGACGGUUUCCAAGGAUCACCUGGAACCACUGGUAUGCCUGGUAUUGCUGGACCUGGAGGACCAAAAGGAAAGACUGGUGCAAAUGGAGUAGCGGGAACUGACGGGCAAAAAGGAGCAAAUGGACUUCAAGGACCCAAAGGUCAAUUAGGUGAUAGGGGGAUGAAAGGAUAUAAAGGAGAACCAGGAAAGAGCGGAGAAAAGGGAGACAAAGGUUGGAGAGGCAUGCCGGGUCCAUCUGGAUUACCUGGUGCAGUUGGAAUGCAAGGCGAUGUUGGGCUUGAUGGGAAAAAAGGGCGACUUGGACCAAUUGGUAACGAUGGGCCACGAGGAAGAGCUGGACGCGAAGGCCCACCAGGAGGUAUUGGCAAUUCUGGAUUAUCUGGUGCAAAAGGGUCUAAUGGAGGUAGAGGAAGAAGUGGAGACGAUGGUGUUCCAGGACCUCAAGGUCCCCCCGGACCCCCCGGACCUCCUGGACCACCUGGUGGUUUUGGUGUCGGUGGCAUUAAUAUUUUACCGCCGUAUGGUGGAAAUACAGAAAAAGGACCAGCCUAUCAAGGAUACAGAUAUUACAGAAGUAGUGAUGGAAAAGACUUAAAAACUGUUACAAAAGAAAACGAAGGAACGGUAUUCGGGUAUUUGACAAAACUAGAAGAACUCUUACAGGGAAUGGAUAGACCAGAUGGAAGUCAACAGUUCCCUGCAAAGACUUGUGGCGAUCUGAAAAUGUGUCAUCCUGACAUUGAAAGUGGUAAAUAUUUCAUUGAUCCAAAUCAAGGAUGUCAGAGCGAUUCUUUCGAAGUCAAUUGUGACUUUACUUCUACUCGCGAAACCUGUAUCUAUCCGACUACCAGUAUGUUUGAGAAGAAAAAAUGGGUAUCACAAGGAAAAGAUUCGUGGAAUUGGUUCUUACGUGACCUUGCAAUGAACGAAGAGUUCACAUAUCCAGCCAAUACAGUUCAACUUCGAUACAUGCGAUUGAACAGUAACUCGGUGCGCCAAAAUAUUACCUAUCAUUGUCGCAACUCACAUGCUAACAAAGAUUCUUUCGGAAAUGAAACACCAUACCUAAAGGUGCUUUCCAACGACGAACUGGAGAUCCACACUGCUGGUCAUAUAAAGAAUCGUCUGAAGGUAUUAUCAGAUGAAUGCAACAAAAAAGAUGGGAAAUGGCAUAAGACAGUGUUCGAAUACACGAGCAAAAUCACCGAUAGAUUGCCGAUAGCAGAUAUCGCCGUAUUCGAUGUCGCUGAUCCGAACGAAGAAUUUGGAUUGGAAUUAGGACCAAUUUGUUUUUCAUAAGCUGAAGAACGUUUUUUAUUUAUAUUUUAACAUAAAGCAAUUUGUUGAAAGACACCAGUUUUGUGUGUAGAAAUUUGAAUGAAUGUUUAGCAAACUUGCCAACAUGUUCUUUCCAUGAUUCGUCUGUCUUCUGAUAUUGAUUCGAAACUUUUAAAGGAAAGCAUUUUUAUAAACAUUAGUUUUUUGUACAGUUUUUAACAGUCCUUUUUUAUUGUAGUUCAAAGUUAUAUAUUUGUAUUUUUAAAAAAAUAUGCGCGCGCGAUGGGGACAAAAACCGACUAAAAGGGGGGUAAUAUGAAAUGAAAUAAAUUAUUCAUAUGACAAA